CUCCUCCACUACAGAUCCCAACAAGACAACAUGGCUCCCAAGAAGCCUGAGCCUAAGAAGGAGGCAGCCAAACCAGCCCCAGCCUCUGCUCCAGCCCCUGCUCCAGCUCCUGAGCCCCACAAGGAGCCUGCCUUUGACCCCAAGAGUGUGAAGAUAGACUUCACUGCUGACCAGAUUGAAGAGUUCAAAGAGGCCUUUUCCUUGUUUGACCGGACACCGACUGGAGAGAUGAAGAUCACCUACGGUCAGUGUGGGGACGUGCUGCGGGCCCUGGGCCAGAACCCCACCAAUGCUGAGGUGCUGCGCGUCCUGGGCAAGCCCAAGCCUGAAGAAAUGAAUGCCAAGAUGCUCGACUUUGAGACAUUCCUGCCCAUCCUGCAGCAUAUCUCCCGCAACAAGGAGCAGGGCACCUACGAGGACUUCGUGGAGGGGUUGCGUGUCUUCGAUAAGGAGAGCAAUGGCACGGUCAUGGGCGCUGAGCUUCGGCAUGUCCUUGCCACCCUGGGAGAGAAGAUGACUGAGGCUGAAGUGGAGCAGCUGUUAGCUGGGCAAGAGGAUGCCAAUGGCUGCAUCAAUUACGAAGCCUUUGUCAAGCACAUCAUGUCUGGGUGAAGGAGUUCCCUCCAGGGUGCCCCGCUCUUGGUCUUAGCCAUCCAGGGUGAGUUAGCGAGAGGGCCAGAGUGACUGAGCUGAGAUGGCAUCCUGGACUUAUCAC